AACCCAACAUGUUGUGGAAAAUCCUUAUUUUUCUCUGUUUUUUGGCGAUAAUGCCACAUCAGGUGGCAGCAGCAAAAGACGAUAAAAAAAAUAGCACAAAACUGUCACCUAAUAUUACUGAGAUACCUCCACCAAUCGAUAAAGCGCUUACAACCUACGAGCUUAAGUAUAUUAUUGGGGCGCACAAGUUUGGCGAAUUUUUGGCAUUUGAAAAAAAGUCUGCAGUGUUCUUGUUUGGAUCAAAACACAAUCCUCAAAUUGCCGUUGGUUAUCCUGACACAGGCGAUGGUUUUAGGGUGUCAGCUGUUGAUGUUGUAUCAAUACAGGAUUCAAAAACUGGCGAGCUUGUGAUUACUCGUGGUGGUCCUGGCGUUCGUCAAAUUGAGGUCUCUAUAAGCGCCUCUCAGACUAAACUCUGGUUUUACCACAUUAAGGUCUACGGUACACUUUGGUAAAUGAGCUGCCAUUUUUUACAUGUGAAUAAAAAUGCAGAAAAAUUUUUUAUA